AUGUCGAUUCAGAAAGACGAUAAGCCUGUCACUGAUGUAGAGUCAAAUGCACCUACAGAGAGCGCCAAGGCAUCGUACUCUCCCCAGGAUGCUAGAAGCGGCCUGUUGAAGAAGCCAUCCCCGCAGUCGGACGUUCCUAGCUAUCCAGAGACAGGAGACGUCAAGCUCGAGAUGCCCAAACAUCAGCAGAAAUCUCCUACAAAGAAGAACAAGGGCAAAGGUAGGCGCGAAUCAACAGUCAAGAACAUCGAUGCAGCCGAUGAGAAGACGAAAGCUGCUGGGAAGCUGAACUCUGACGGCCCAGCUGUCACGAAAGAGGAAGAGACCGGCACAGAGUCUACCAAAAUCAUCACUGAACCUACGAAGCCAGCGACUGUCGAUGGGCCUACUUCUUCGGCUGAAGAACAUAAAUUCUCUCCCUUCGAAUCAACACCAGCGCUAGACCAGCCGGAAAAUGUAGCCGACGCCUCUACCGUACUGCCACCCAAGGAUCCGGAGACGCUAGAGGCAGGACAAGACGCCAAGACAACACAGAAAGAGCGUGACACCGACGUCCCUCUCAACUUCGCGGGCGCCCUUGCUAAGAAUCUAGAGACUAGAUCUGACGCUACUUCCAUCGCUAAGGAUAGUGAGAACACAGGUGGUGGGCCUUCGAGUACAGCUCCGAUAGAAUCGCCUGCGCAUUUAGCAGAAAACGACGUCUCGGACGAUGAGGCCAAGAACGACACUAGCUUCCAUUCUGCGCCAGAAAUCCAGCCUGAGUCUGUGCAAGCGCAGCCGCAACCAGAGCUCCAGGACAAGGCGAUGACCACGAACCAUGAAACCACAAAGUCGCCGUCUAUACCUACCGAGACCAGCCUGAAUAAAUCCCCAACACUGAUCACCCCGCGCAAUACUACUCAGUCUGAUUCACCUGUAGCUGCGCCGCCAAAAGAAGAUACCGCGCCUCAGCUUCCAGCGUCGGAGAGUACACAAGAUCCUACAACAACCACUACUGCUCAAGGAAACGAAGAAAUGUCAACAGCUGCAGAGACCUCACCCGUCACUGCAACCAAGAAAGCUGGUGCUCAGCAGAUGCAGUCGCUCCACCCGUUCGCGAAGAGCAACAAGUCUCAGGCCAAACGAGAAAAGGAGGCCAGAAAGAAGCAGCAGAGGAAAGAAGACGCUGAUCGGGUCGCUAAGGCGAAGGCUGAUAAGGCCAUAUCCUCGCAAAAGCCCAACGACGGUCCCUCCGCUCAGCGUGAGACUGAGUCUCUAGGGGACUCUGUGAACUCACCUGGAGCUACAGAUACAGUUGCUCAACCAGAAGCGGCCAACUCAAAGACUGGCGGUGAUAGCACCACAGGAAACAAGAAGUCCAAAGGCAAGGCAAAGAUGCAGCCAGCUGGUACCAGCUCUGCCAAUGGCGAAGAUAAGGCUGUUGCCGAAUCGGAGAAUGGUAAACUCAAUGGUAAUAUCAACGAUUCCAAGGAUGUCUCUUCAGUAACUCACCAGGCGGAAAAGAUGGAGGCCUACCUCGCGGCGCCAGCCAACCAGGGAUCUUCGGGAGACUCUGGGGUAACCCCAGCUGCUGAACCGACCCCAUCAACUCCACCAUCUGUCCCUUCAAUUACCCCAGAAACACAAGGCUCCUCCCAGAAGAUGCCCGCCCAGGAAGUAAAUGAUCCCCAUAACCUCACUUCCAAUCAACAAACUCACGUUCCAGGUCACUCUCGCCGCUCUUCCGCUUCCACGCUAGUCGGAGAAGAGCGAGUGUUACCGUCUGCUUUUACCCCUCCUGCCCCUACCCACCCGGACUCCUCGCGAACCGUCUCUCCUGAUGAAGCACCCCAGCUCGACGCCACCCCGACUGUAGCACCCAAGAAGAAAAAGAAGAAACCAAAAAAGAAGAAGACAGCACCCGUCCUCCCUUCAGUUGACCCCGACCCCCCCAGGGACGGGGACUAUCACAACUAUGAUCCUUUUUCGUCCCAAAUGAGCCACAUAGAUGCUAUUCGUCGGGCUAACAAGUACGAUACUACCUCUUACUAUGCGGUUACAAACGCGCGAAUGGAGAGGGAUGCUGAAGAGAGCAGAAAGGCUGCUCGAGCCCUUGCGGAUCUGGAUGAACAUGCUAGCUGA